ACCCAACCCCCUCCUCCCGCCCCCCUAUUGCUGCCGGACGCACUGCAGAAGGUCAGCGGGAGAAGAGGAGGACCGAGAGGCUAGAGGAAGAGACCGGGGUGGGGUACGUGGAUGUACAGGAACAUGCGGAGAGGAGAGUGCGUGGACCAGCAAUGACAGCCAUGCUGAGCCCAAAGAUCAGACAGACCAGGAGAGCCAGGUCCAAGAGCAUGGUGAUGGGCGAAGUCUCCCGGGGACCAUGCCGGCCGGCCUCCCCCAGCCUCCAGGAGGGGGCGCUGAAAGCCGGCUGGCUGAAGAAGCAGCGGAGCAUCAUGAAGAACUGGCAGCUCCGCUGGUUCGUGCUGCGCUCGGAUCAGCUCUUCUUCUACAAAGACGAGGAAGAAACCAAACCACAGGGCUGUAUACCUCUGCAGGGUUGCCAGGUCAACGAACUCACAGCCAAUCCAGACGAACCAGGGAGACACCUUUUUGAGAUUGUACCAGGUGCAACAGGGGAGAAGGACAGGGCGCCGAUCAGCCACGAGUCCUUCCUGCUGAUGGCCAACUCGCAGACGGACAUGGAUGACUGGGUCAAGGCCAUACGGCGAGUCAUCUGGGCGCCAUUUGGAGGAGGGAUAUUUGGUCAGCGUCUAGAGGACACUGUGCAGUAUGAGAAGAAGUUUGGCCCCCGGCUGGCCCCCCUGCUGGUGGAGCAGUGUGUGGACUUCAUCAGGGACAGGGGUCUGGAUGAAGAGGGUCUCUUUCGGAUGCCGGGACAGGCCAACCUGGUGAAGGAGCUGCAGGAGGCCUUUGACUGCGGCGAUAAGCCUCUGUUGGACAGUAACACGGAUGUCCACACGGUGGCAUCCUUGCUGAAGUUGUACCUGCGAGAGCUGCCUGAACCGGUCAUUCCCUUCUCCAAAUACGAAGACUUUCUGAACUGUGCACAACUUUUGGCCAAAGAUGAGGAGGAGGGGGUCCAGGAGCUCGGGAGGCAAGUUAACACUCUACCUCUCCCUAACUACAAUCUCCUCACAUACAUAUGCAAAUUCCUCGAUGAGGUCCAGUCCCACUCCAGUGAGAACAAAAUGAGCGUCCAGAACCUCGCCACAGUAUUUGGACCAAAUAUUCUUCGACCCAAGAUGGAGGACCCGGUAACCAUCAUGGAAGGCACCUCCCUGGUCCAACACCUGAUGACAAUCCUCAUCAGGGAACACGACCGGUUUUACUCAGGCAGGGACCAGGAGGCCUCCAGCGUACCCCAAACCGAAGACCCGGCCCAGGGGCCUCAGCUUCAGCAUCGCAGCCUGGGAGCCUGGAUCUCAGAGGAAGACCUCCAGAGUUGCCCGGCGUCCAACCCCGACCAAGAACUGCACAGCAGCGCCUCAUCUCUGGAUGCCAAACUGUGUGCGGCCGUCACUCCCACCCAGAACCCUGGACCGAAGCUGGGCUCUCCGUCGGGGAAAGGAGAGACAGUGGUCAGCCCGAGCAAACAAGCCAAGACCAUUCCCUCCUGGAAAUACUCUUUCAAAAGCUCCUCGGGCAAGCCGAGCGGCGGCGGAGGCGGAUCCGCGGCCGACGCUGCCAGUGUACCUUCCGGCGGCGGGAACUGGCUGAUGAAUGGCCUGUCCUCGUUGCGGGGACACCGGCGCACGUCGUCUGGCGAGCGGUCUGCCCGCGACCGGGACUCCACGGGCUCCUCGCAGAGGCUGUCCACCUACGACAACGUCACCUCCUCCUCCAGCAUGGGGAGCGUCCCGAGCGUCGCCAGUACGCCGUGGUCCACGUCCUCCUGCGAGAUCUCCGUCCCCGACUCGGGCGGCGAGCCCUCGGCCGACCACCGCUGCGGCCAAGGGGGGGACGGCGGGGGGCGAGCGGAGUGGAUGGAGAGCCAGAGGGAGACGGACGGAGGGGCGGCGACGGACCCGAGCCCCGCGCGGGACAGCUGCGAAGCCAUGGAGCUGUGCGGAAGCAGCGCGGCCUGCAGCGAGAACGGGAGCGCGGCGCCCGGGGUGCCCUCCAUCAUCACUUCCGAGGACGGAGACGGGGCGAUGACGCUGAGCGGCCUGGUGGAGGGUCUGAAGGACGAAUUGAGGAAACAGAAGACGACGUACGAGAUCCGAAACCAAAAACUGGAGGAGUCCAGUGCUGCCCUGUGUGCGCAGAUGGAGCGCUUGGAACAGGAGAUGGAGCAGGAGAGGAAGAAGCAACGCAUGCUGGAGAUCAAGCUACGGAACUCGGAGCGGGCGCGGGAGGACGCCGAGAACCGGAACCGGCUCCUGGAGAAGGAGAUGGAGGAUUUCUUUUUCACGCUAGGAGAUCUGGCCCUGGGUACGAGGACUAGCGAUAUUUAAAAUCGGUUUGUGGGCCAAAGUGGUGAGGGUUUUUAUUCUUUGGGGGGGGGCAGAGAGGGACUCUAAAGGGAAAAAUAAAAGAAGAAAAUAAAAGGAUUCGUCUUCAUGGAGCAUCUCUCACGCAUGCUUGAAAUGAAACGUGGAGUCAAGUAGACAUCAAAUUGUGAUCACAUGAUCACUCUUCUUAAUGAGUCCUGGGCUUUGUCUUGUGUAGGCCACUACAUGACCAGUUCAGGUACAGAAGCCUGCAGACUGGUGCAAGCCAAGCACGGUUUCUCCUCCUGUAACCACUACUUUACAGGACACUUGAUGAAUGAAGCUGCGAGACUCCUGAGAGGCCGUGUUGAUGCAAACAACUGAAUCGAAUUUGAGGACACGUGAUGCAUUUUGGCAAAUACAUUUUCUUUCUUCACAAGAGUUUUACAAAAUGUUUGAAAACCGGUCUCAUGGUUGCAGGAUGUAGAAAGCAAUUUGCUUAACAUUAUCAGUAAAAAUAACUUAUUAUUAUGUUUUAGCUAUUUAAUUGUUAAUAAUAUAUCCUUGUAUUUAGCAAAGAUUAUUGAAUAUAUUCAUAUUUUGUAGGCUGAUUUUAGUGUUGUUGAGAUGUUUGUGCAGAUGGCUGAAACAAACCAGGGCAUUAGGCGCCCCUACCCAUAAGCAUCCUACAAACAUAAGAGCAGCAUCCAGCUUCUCAUUCUAACAAGACAGGAAAUACAUUUCCCAAAAUGCAGUGCUGUUCAUUUUUUAAGUCAUUUCAGCAAAAUUGAAGAAAAAAAAAACAUUUCUCGGUCGUCAGUGGAGGGUUACUGCCAUUUAAUUUACCAAGAAGUUUAGUGAACCAGCCAGAUUAACAGGUUUACUUAUUCUGAAAGGACAAUGUUGCUGAAAUGCAUCGGAAACUGCAUUUAAAUCACCUGCAUCCUUUUUUUGGGGGGGGGGAGGUUCUCAGCUAUCUCACAACCUAUGUCUAUAAAACCCUUUUUUGCUUUUUAAAAAAAAAAUCUGAGUAAACUGACCGAUAAACUGUACAGCAGAAGUUCCUCCACCUCCUUGUGUGCGUGCUGCAGAGUGUGUUCUCCUGGACGUCUGACUGGACUGUAGAAUUCAACGUGCAAACACAAAAAGCAGGUUUAGAAAGCUAGAGUUUCCAAACGAGGCGCGAUGGGGCGGGAACCUCUGCGACAGCUGCCUCUUUACCUUGUUUUUUCCUCAGGCCCUCCCAGUGCCUCUGCACCUCGUCACCAUCCGCAUGGCCUCCAUGUCCAUUCGAUGGCACAGAUGUCAGUUGCACCGUUUUUUUUUUAUGUACAGACAACACAACAGGGACAAAACAUAACAAUUGUUCCAAGCAUUUUCUGCCCAGGACACGGGACACGUGGCUCGGUAGGUGAGGGCCUUUUGCAGUACACGGCGAAUACCAAAGCUGGACCGUCUCAGCUGUUCUCUCGCUGUGACCAGGACGGCCCCGCAGCCAAGAGGGAGCAAUGUUGGUUUUGGCACAUGAAGCUGAGCACUGCCCUCACAGAAACAAUGGAGUUUCCUGCCUGUGCCUUCGGGGGAACUGUUUUUUCGAAAAAAAAGGAAAAAUGCAGCAUUGCUGGCUUGUCCGGGGGUUGUAGUGAAUAAAUUCACCCACGGUACACACAGUAGCUGCAUUGUUGUUGUUUGUAUUAUGGCAACAGACUGCUGCAGCUGAAUAACUUGAUCUCCCUUGUAGGUGCCAAUUCUUCGUAAAAAGUGAAUUGAAUGGAAGUUCUGAAAUUAAGAAUGUAUCCCUGUAGUGAAUGUAAUGUUGUUGAUGAAACCAGCUAUGAAGAAAAAGACAAAAAAAAAAAAAAAAACUACCAGAGCGCAAAUUGGAAAAUGUUAAUGGCUGAUGGCUUUCAGCUCUCCGACCCACAACCCUGACUCCAAUGGUCUUACUCUCUUGUCUUACUUACCAAUGUGAUGUAUUACACAUUAAUUAUAUGUUUGCAAAAUGAAGAGCGGCAGAUAUCUCUUUUGUGAGGAUUGCAUGUGGUUAGAUUGUUGGAAAUGUAUGUUCACCAAUCAGAAGAAUGUGGUUCAAGUGAUGCUUCUUAGUUAUAAAGGGCCUGACACACCGUUUAAGUGAAAGUGUGCUUUUGGUUGGACAAUGUGAGUGUAUUGUUUCCUUUUUAGAUUUUAUAAAGAAACAAAGGCAAUGUUAAUGCAUUGCCAUCUUUGAUUGCACAGGUUUACAAGGUAAUUAUCCUCCAGCACACAACUCGAUGGUCAAAAUCUAGGGCAAGAUUAACGGAAUAUUUAUAUCCCAUUGUGCACAUCUCAUGACUGAGGAUAAAUGUUCCUUACUGCUCUAACGAUUAUCUAUGGUGCUUAUUUAUUAUAGAUCGCUACUAUUGUAAUGAAUGAACAUGUAUGGAAAUAAAGAUGACAAACAGUUUGAA